GAAGCCUCUCGACCCAGGUCUUCUCGAAAUAAUGGUUGAACAAUGGAAACACGGGUAUGAGCACACAGUGGGCAUCGAUAUCACGGACAGAAGUGUUGGUUGCAGUGAGGAAUGCUUAUCAAUCAUUGGGCAUCUGGACAGCGACUUGAUCCCUUUAGCAAUCAGAGCGAACCACCCAAAACCUGCUUUUGGCAAUGCUGCGGAUCAAGACGUGCGACACAAGAUACAUGUGCGUGUCAUGUGGCUUCGGUGUAGCGAAAGCUCGCCACACGAUUGGUCCCUGGCGAGAGACGUUGGUGUGCGGAAGACUCCGAUCAUUGGAGACCACGGCAGUGUUACAGCGUCCAUCACUUGGCACGACGAAGAAUAAACGACGCUCGCACACCCUACUCACUAGCAUCAAGCGGAUGCGCGGAUCAACAUGCUCCACCGAAAGGAUUAUCAUGUGUCCCACCAACGAAAAUCUGUGUCGAACACAGCCUUUGGCGGGCAUGGAGGCCCGACGUGUAUGCUGUAUGACAGUGAGCUAUGGAAUCUGCAUCAGUCGCGAGGGUUGAGGAUCCGGCGACAGGUAGGUAAUGAUGGGCGUGGCACAAAGCAGAAUAUAGACCGCAACAGCAAAGAGCCCAGAAUGCAAACAAUUCCACAAG